UAUCUCUCUCACACACACACACACAGCACACAGCCCACACUGUGGGCAGAAGGGGUGGUGGUGGCUGCAUGCGCGUAAUGAGUGAUGAAACUCUUGUCUCUCUCUUUUCUCUGUAUUCUUAAUUUUUAGGCGGUUCCCUUUUGGAUUCUCUUUCUUUCUAUUCAAACUUCCAUACAUCAUCAUCAUAUUCAUGCAUCUGCCUCUCUUCUACUAGUUUUUUAAUUUAUAUAUUUUUCACACACACAAGUGUUGUGUGUGCAGAACAGAGGUGCUUUUACACCUGUUUCUCACAGUUGCAGUUUCAGAGAAUUCAGAGUGAUUCUGUUUGAAUUGACCUGUUUCUGGUCUUUUUUUCUCUUUGCUUUCUCUUUCUUGGAGUACUCGGAAAUGUAAAAUUUAUUAAUUGCCAAUGCAUUCCCAACUACUCCCUGCAGCUAUUGCACCACCACCUGCAGGCGAUGAAGAUGACUCUGGUGAUGGUUUAGUAAUAGCCGAAAAAAGAGAGGAAGAUUAUCCAGAAAAGAUCAAUCUUGAUCUUGGGAUUGGAAGCUGUGGAUGUGCAAACGAAGGAGGGUUGAAGAGGAAUAAGAGAAUUAAACAAGAAAAGAAAGAGUCACUUUUCACUGCACUGCAGUUUCAUGAGUUCCACAGCCAAAUUCUUAUUUACAAUUCCAUAGCCUCUGGUUUGCCUGUACCCUUUCACCUUUUUCUUCCCGUUUGGACGAGUGUUUUCAACUCCUUGGGCCCUGCUAUCUACAAGAAAUACCCCAGUUUCAUAGGUAUCAGUCCUGAGAACUCUGGUCAUAGCUGUAGUAUGAUGGAUCCUGAACCAGGAAGGUGUAGAAGAACUGAUGGGAGAAAAUGGAGGUGCAGCAAAAACGUAGUUCCACUCCAGAAAUACUGUGAGCGGCACAUGCACAGAGGACGGCAAGGUUCAAGAAAGCAUGUGGAAACUAUUGAAAAUGUCCCGAGAACUGAUAAUAAGGCCUCUGAUGUUAAUAGGAUGCCUGUAGUUUCUUUGGUUACGUCUGAUAUAGAUAAUGGAAUUGCUAAUUCCAUCCAGAGCGAUCUUCAUCCCAGACAACUGUGUUCAAAUUAUAGCAUCGGCGUUCCAGAAACUGUUAGGAGCGAUGAGAAUUGUGAUGCUUUAUUGGCCAUCAAAACUACCAGUGCUGUCGGUUCUCUUGGCAAUGAAGUUAACAAGAAUAUCAAUGUUGACGAUGCCACCACAAGCACCUCAAUGAGUUCCAAUUACAACGCCAACGCAAAGGGAGGUCAUCACACUGAGAGGAAGGAGUCUAGUUUUAAGAAUCCAAAUCCUGGGAAGAUCAGUAGCAAGAAACACAUUGUCGACAGAGAAAACUAUUUGGGCUUUAUUUCCCCCAGAUUUGGUUUGUCUCCAAAGAGUGUUCUUCAUUGUGCCGCAGGCAAAGUCAGCCUGGAAUUGGGCAGUAAGAAUGUCAUAGAAACCCAGCGACAGAGAUGCCGGAGAACUGAUGGCAAGAAAUGGCAAUGCAGGAGAGAUGCUAUCCCUCAUCAGAAGUACUGUGAGGCGCACAUGCAUAGAGGGGCAAAGAGGUUCAUGUUAAAUCCACAAUUUGCAAGUGAUCCUCUGGCUACUUCUGCUCGGAUGGCUGGUGUUUCUUGCAACAUAGGCAGCAGUCUUGACAACGGCAUCAACUUAAACACCAUACCAGCCAGUCCUCAACAUGUCAAUAAUUCUACUAGUAGCACAAGUGAUGCCACUACCAUCACCGACGAGAAUAUUAGCUUUUGUCUUAAUCAAUCUCUCCAUAACUGCUGAUUUUUCAGAGUCGCAAGUUAAUGUGGUGAACCGGACAGCUUGAUGUGAGAAACACUAACAAUAGAUUUAAGUGGGAUUAUGGUGGUAGCACACACUUAAUGUAGCUUGUGGUGUUUUCUGAUCCAUGUAUUUUGGUACCCAUAAGUUUUGUUGUGAUUAAAAGAUGUAACAAUAGACCCUACAACUUAUUCUGAUAUUUGUCUUACUAUCUACAA